GGAGGAGGGAGGAGGCCGCCGCGCCGUCCGCGCGGAGCCGGGCGCAGGGAGGACCCGAGGGCGGAGCGGAGCGCGGCUGGCGGCGGGCGGCCGAGCGACCCACACAGCGGCCCCCGCGUCCCUGCCGGUCCCCGCCCGCGCCUGGUUCUGGGGCCCGCGGCAGCGCGGCGGGCGGGAGCUGACCUUGCGGAGGCCGGCGGGGGCUCAGCAUCGGCCGGGGCCGGGGGGGCGCCGGGGCCGGGGGGCGGCGCUCCGGCCCGGCCCGGCCCGCCCGAUGUCCAUGAGCGCGAACACCAUGAUCUUCAUGAUUCUGGGGGCGUCGAUCGUGAUGGCCAUCGCGUGUUUGAUGGACAUGAACGCGCUGCUGGACCGAUUCCACAACUACAUCCUCCCGCACUUGCGGGGCGAGGACCGCGUCUGCCACUGCAACUGUGGCCGGCACCACAUACACUACGUGAUCCCAUACGACGGGGACCAGUCGGUGGUGGACGCCUCCGAAAACUACUUUGUGACGGACAAUGUGACCAAGCAGGAGAUCGACCUCAUGCUGGGGCUGUUGCUGGGUUUCUGCAUCAGCUGGUUCCUGGUGUGGAUGGACGGCGUCCUGCACUGCGCCGUGCGUGCCUGGAGGGCAGGUCGGCGCUACGAUGGCUCUUGGACCUGGCUGCCCAAGCUGUGCAGUCUGCGGGAGCUGGGCCGGCGGCCACACAGGCCCUUCGAGGAGCCGGCAGGAAACAUGGUGCACGUGAAGCAGAAGCUCUACCACAAUGGCCACCCCAGCCCGCGGCACCUGUGAGCCGCGCACAGGACUCUAGGGGCUGCUGUGCAGGCGCAAAAGGGACCUCGUGGACGCCCACCUGGCAGGAAGGGACUGCAGCCUUGGGCCCAGGGUUAUCCUGGGCUGUGGCUGGCUGGGCUGUGGCUGGUGGGCAAGUCCAGCAGAAGGUGCUGUCUCUUCUUUUUAUAAAGGGGGUUGGGUGGGGGCUGGGGUGGGGAUGGCCGCUGAGCCUCAGGGGCAGCAGCCUGGCCUAAACUGGCAGGCAGGACAUAAAAGCAGGCUCUGCCCAGAGGUGCUGAGGCCAGGGAGUGGCAGGUCCUCAGUGGGGCAGGCCUGGCGCCUCAUGUGAUCAAAAGCCACCUGUUGUCCAUCAGCACGUCUGUGUCUGGAGGGGAGGGAGGCGCCAGGGUCGGCGCUCAUCUGCACACGGGAGCAUGUGCAUGGGGCAUGUGGACUGGAGGGUGGGAGUAGAGGGGCAGGUUCUUGGCAGCAAUAAGGACCUGGUGGCCCCAGGCUCCCAAGCCUCACUGUGAAGCCCACCCUGCCUGGCCAGUAAAUUCUCCCGAAAGC